AUGGUUGUUCAACGUUCAACGCAGCAACAACAAUUUCCUUCUGAAAUGAAUGCAAAAAUCCCUUCUGUCAUUCCCCCACAAUCAAUUGUUGCUGAAAAUGGAAGUAACAAAAAUAAUUUGGAGGAAGAAGAAAUUUCAGUUGCCGAAACAAUUGUAUUGCCAAGUAAAAAUACUUCGGAUCGAUUAGAUUUUACAAGAAAUUGGUUAACUAGUGGAGGUUCUGAUAUGAGCGGAUGGGCAGAAAGUGGUGGUGGAGGCGAAAAUUCUGUUCCAAAGCCAUACAGCGCAAAAGGAGGUACCAUCCAAGACGUAAAAGAUUCGGACGAACACUCGCUGGGAAGUUGUUCAGCAGAGGUUGCCGCAAUUAACGCCCCCAAUGAAAGGAGAUUAAAACAAAAAGAAAAACAACAACAAUUAAUUUUAAUUAAAAAUCAACAACAACAAAAACAGCAACUAAACAAACAACAACAAAUACUUCCGAUUAGACAAAAACAGCCCCCAACACAACAACAACAAUGUUCGUCAGCAACCUCAACAGCAACAACAAAUAAUGUCCCGCCCCCUCAAAUAUCUGUUGCUGUGCAACCUGCUGCUGUGCGUCCACAACCUUUUAGACCGCAACUUGGAAUAUUGCCUGCUUCUUUGGGUGUUAGCGGUCAAAUGCACAAAGCGCCUUCUAUCGAACAAAUUCGAUUUCUUCGAGCUGCUUCACAAGACUGUCCCCCAACUAGUAUGGCUAGCUCAAUUCAUUCAUACGAAGGCUUCUUUAAUUUCCAACCUGGUGCUGCCAGUUGUCUUUCCACACAUUCAUUACAAAGAAUAGGUUUUGGAGGUGGUGCCUUUCAUUCAUAUACCCCAAACAUUGCCCAAAUGCAACAAAAACAAAUUAGUAAACAACAACAGAAGCAACAACAAUUAAAUUAUAUAAAUUCACAACAAUAUUUAAAAGGUUCUAUUCAAUCAUUGCCAGAUUCUGCUCUUUGUACUGCACCAAAUAAUAAUAAUUUAAUUUAUUUGCCUGGGGAGGUAUCUAAUAAUAAUGUUUAUUUAAAUAACAACAACAAUUAUCAACAAACAUAUUCUCAACAUUUAAACAAAACACCAAAUAAUUCUGAUUAUAAUCAGCAAAAACAACCAAAGAGAUUUAUCUCGACCAAAGAAAACAAACAAAUUCCAACUGAUCAUUCUUUGGCAAUUGAUGCACUUGUUGCUGAAUUGGAAUUGGAUACUAAUUUAAAUACUUCAAAUGAUAAACGUCGUUCUUUCCCAACAAUUCAAACAGAAGUUAAUAAUCAAAAUGCUUCUUCUAAUAAUCGUAAUUUAACAAAUCGUCCAGCAUUUGAAACAAUUAAUCAGGAAAGAAUAAACCCAUCAAAAGUGGAUGCUAUGGCUAAAAUGUUUGAUAAACAGACAAAUAAAACUAAAACAUCCAAUCCUCUAAGUUUUACAACAAAUGGAGAUUCUUCAACAAAUUGGUCUCGACGUAAUACUAGCCAAACAAUUCAACAACAACAGCAACAAAAACAUGUAGAAAGAGGUCCAUCACUCAAAACAACAUCAACGAAGUUUCAAAUAAAAGAAACACCCCCAACACCUCCCCCACAUUCUUCUAAACAUUUAAAACAACAACAAACAACAACAAUCUAUAAACAAAGGCAAUCACCCCAAUUUGUAAAAGGAACAAAAGCUGGAGUUGGUGUUUGUGGUGAUAGAAGGUAUGUUGUUGGGAAUAGACAACAACAACAAAACAUUAACAAUAAUGAUGAAUCAGAACAACAACAACAAUUUAAUACUAGCAAUGGAUUUUAUGAUAAUGUGCAUCAACACCAUCAAGGCUCACCACCACCUCCUCAUCCUUCUAAUUAUCAUCAUUUUCGGAAUGAAGAUAUAAUUGAUUGUUCUUCAAUGUCUAGUCGUGAAAUUGAAUUACCCCCACAACCUCCAAAUAAUAAUGGAAUUAGUAAUGUACCCAAAACUGCUGGAAAAAGGAUUGGCCAACUUAUUAAGAAAUUGGGGAAUAGUGUUGGAGGUGAUAAUAAACAACAAAAUGGUAUUUCUGCUGUCUCUACUCUUUCAUUAAAUCGAAAUUUUUGCUUGUUUUUGCACAAAAUUUUAGAAGAAUCCGGAAAAUAUACUCAGUCAUUAUUUGGAGAAAAUUUUAAUAGAAAAGGAGGGGCACUGGUUUUUUGUAGUUAG